ACAACUUUAGAGUUGAAAACAGCCUCCAGUGUUUUGGGUCGUCCAUAAUUGUCAUGUAAAGGCCGGUGGUCUUUGUUAUCUGCUCCAGGAAUCUGUCCCACAGCCGCCUCCGCCGCCUGCUGCUUCGCUUUGUCCUGCUGUCUCCACAUAUCUGUUGUUUAAAAAGUUUCUUUAAAACUUCCAUAAGCUGUUAGAGCUAAGCUUUGAUCUUAAAUCUGACUUGCUGUAGCUCUCAAUUACUGGGGUUUCCCUAUCAACAACCUAACACAGGUAGAGAAGUCUGAUAAGAGACACUUGAUUUAAACCUAACUCGUGGGUCACAGUUACAUAGACGCGUAAUUUCCUUCCUGUUUAAAUGGCAGCGACCCCUACUGGAAGAAAUGAGACAUCACGGUUUAAAUGGGAUGUAACGUUUAGGUUUUCCAAGAGUUUAAGAGUUAUUGGCUAUCUCACUUAUCUCAAUGGCACAAAUGAUCCCAAUCUGACCACUUAAUAAUAACAUCGCGGAAAAAUAUAGAAGACAAUAUUUAUUGCAUAUAAGUUUCGAAAACAAAAAAUAACAGGAACAUUAAUAAGAUAUCAUUAUAAAAUAAAAACUGUGAGAAAUUGUUGAUUUUCCCAAAGGUGUAAAUUCAAAUUGUUUCAUCAUUUUGUUGCCUCUGGAAGUUGUCAUCCACUCCUCUCGUCUUAUCUGUCACUCGAUCUCCUCCUGCAAACGUGUAACUAUAGGCAACAGCAAACAAACUCUCUGGUUUCUAAAGGGUUGCUUUCACUCCUGCACCGAUUGUCCUGCUGGUUGAUUUUUCUUUUAACUGUACUGUCAGAAAAUGAGUUCAGAAAUCAUUGUGUCUCGGCCACAUUAUGACAGCAGAGCUGCAGCUCAAGGAGUUCACCAGAAAAGUCCGCCUUUAGAGCAGGAAGUGCCGCAGGCAUCCUCGGGCUCAGCCACUGCUGGGUAUCGCUCUGCUAAAUACACCCCUGCUGAAUGGUUCUCCAAUUACCAAACCAUCCUUGAACAGGCCGGUACCAACCACAGAGACGCCCAGAACAUCCAGCAGGAGUCCAGAACCUUGAGCCAGGACACUGAGGCUGCAGCUUUGAAGACCCAGGCCACAGGAACGCGUCUUCUUGGAGAGAGACUCCAGGAGAUCCACUCCUGGAAGUCUGAGCUGCAGCGGCACAUCGAGCUACUGCAGGCCGACACAAAGUCACUGCUGAUGGUGAAGAAGCGGCUGGAGAGGGCGCUGGAUGCCACUGAGACUCCUUAUGCCAUCGCCACCGAUAAUUUGACCUGCAGAGCAAGAAGACUGGGAGCAGAGCUGGUCAGAGACACGGUGGAGGAGGAGCUGCUGAAGGAAGUGGACUUGAUCAGGAGCAUUCAGGCUCUUCUGAAGAAAACUGCAGCUCAGGUUGGCACUCAGAUCAAGAGGAACCAAGAUGCCCAACAAACAUUAGAGAUGGACUGGUCUGAUAAGUGUCAGGCCUACAGCUUUGAUGACGCCUGUGGAAGAAACCAUAACAUGAGUCCAGACACACAGCAGCACCCCAGUUCUGCUACCAUGCAGGAGCACGUUUCUACCCCCUCAUCAUGGACAAAGUUUACUCAAGACAACCUGUCAAUGGCCCUGCAGGAGGAUCAUGCCACCAAGAGUCUCAGAAUGCUUGUGGAGCAAAUGCUGCAGGACACCACUGAGGAUCUGAGGGUCCAAUGCGCCAGCGUGGAGCGAGCCUUCAGCCUGCACUGUGAGGACCUUAUUGAGGCCAAGACCCAGCUGGAGAUGAAGCUAGCUCAGACUUUGGAGCAAAUUGGUGUCCAGGAGAAGAACAUUGAGGUCCUACAGCGGGCCAUCCACAACAAAGAGGCUCCACUGAGGGUGGCUCAGUCCAGACUCUACCUUCGCUCUCUCAGACCAAACAUGGAGCUCUGCAGGGACCAACCCCAGCUCAGUUUGGAAGGAGAAGUGAGGCAGAUUGAUGCCUCCUUGGAGUCUCUGAAGCAGAAGCUGAGUGAAGCCAGGAGCUCCCUGUCCCAUCUGGAGGAGUCAAGGAUGGCUCUUGAGAAGGACAAAAACUGUAAAACCAAUUCACUGUUUAUUGAGAGGGAAAAGUGCAUGAUUCACCGUAAACGAUACCCAACCGUCUCAGUACUCUCAGGAUACUGAACUUGACUUCAUAACUUGGGAUUGUUCUGCUUGACAGUCUGAAUAGUAUCAUGUGAAAAGUUAAAAUCUUGGAACAUUGUUUUAUAACCCAAGUCUUUUAUCUCCACAACUUUAUUCUUGACCUGUUUGUUGUUUUUCUAAAGGCUCAAACGUUCUCAGGCACACCGUGUCACUGUGACUCCAUGCACACUGUCUGUAGAGGGUUGAAAUUUCAUAAUCAGGGGUAUUGAUUUACUAAAUUUCUCCCGACAAAUUCCUUCAUUUCUCACAAUUUCAGCCAUGGCAUCAACAAAGAAGGAGGAUGUUUGACACAGAAUAUGUGUACUAAGUUGUAAAAAUUGACCUUCGUCCUCUUUGAGUUGACAAAGGUGCUCUUGAGUAAUUUGAACGGAAUGAAGUAUGCCUGAGUAUGUGGGAGCCUUUAGUCUUCUUGAUGCUGUUGCUCAUUAUUGCUCUCUAACAAAUGGCUAAAGUCUUCAAAUAAUUUUUUUUUCUUCCACUUCACUACUUUGGACUGUUCUAUGAAAUAAAAUCACAUUACAAUAAAAUUUAGUUUGUUUGUAACUUGACACAUUGUGAAAAGGUUGAUUUGGAGUGAGUACCUUUGCAAGGUGCUUUAUUGAACCAGUCACUCUUUCAUAGGUUAGCAAUCUAGCUGUAAGACAUUAGUUUCAAAACUUCCAGUUAGAAAGUUACAUCUGUUAGUUAUCUGAAAACUUUUCCUAAGCUGUAAUUGACAAGAAAACAUAAACACAAUCUGUGCAGCAGAACUUUGAGGUUGGCAACAGCCUCCAGGAUUCAUUUAUUAUUUUCAGUCAAAAUCUCUCAGGCUGCUGCUUCCUGCUGCUGGCUCCUCGUCUCUCCGGUUUGCUUCUCACCUUCAAAGUUAACUUUUUACACAUAAUAUCAAAAGAGCUUUUAGUUUUGCUGCCUUUAAUAUUCCACGCCGAGGAUUAUCUUCUAUUUAGUUCCAAUUUAGAAACUGAUUAUUUUAAUGUCUAGAUGUAAAUGUGAAUGCAAAUGGUUGCCUAUCAUAGUGUUAAUUCUAGUUAAGGUUAUAACUUGGAUAUGAAUCUUUCCACAAACAUGAUCAAUGACCCUACAUUCCAAAAAGCUUUGGAUGCAUCUAUAGCAUCUAGAUGCUAUAGAUCCAAAGCAUUUCAGAUUUUGGGGAAUAUUGCAAAUUUGAAACCUAUCUUGACUCAAAAUAAUAAUAUAUGUUAAAUAUAAAACUGACAACUCGGUCAAUCUUUAAGGAACUUUAAACUUUUGUGUUGUACAAUUUGACAAAUUUCAACAAAAUGAGUAAAUCCCAUGUUUAAAUCGAGCUGUACUGAAGUCUUCUGAAGACUGCACCAGAAAUAUUUCUCUCCACUAGAGGGAGCCGUCUAGCUUCAAUAUUUCUGCUUCUCCUGGACGUCUUCAACUUGUCUUUGUCUUUAGAAGCAGCAUUAAAGUAUACAACACAAACACAACUAUAAGAUGUGAAGGAAGAUGGGAGGUUAAGUCUGAUCACAUUGACGUGUGCUUUACAGUGAGCAGACGUUAAUUACUACAUUAAAUACAGGUUAUUUGCUAAUUUGCAUUUUGGGCUACAAAAUGUAGAUAUAUUUUUCUUUAUUUACAUUAAAGUCUACAGGUGAAAUCUAGCACAUUAACUGAUGGAGGAUCUUCUGUUUCCAAGAAGUCACUGAGAAAUAAUUCAUCUCUAUUCUUAGAAAGGUUCUGCAGUAACUCAGGAGGUGCCACGACUGAGGAUGUUAUGAAACUCAGCUUCAGCCAUACAGGCACAGUGUAGUCAUCAGUGCAGGUUGCUGCUGAGCACAUCUUAUGCCACCCCUAAAUGUGAGUAAUAUGCAUUGCGAUGGAUAUACAUGCAAUAGUUUGUAAUCGAUUAAAAGGUUAAGAAACUCAAAGGUGAAAUUUCACAUUUAUAUUGAGACUCAGGGGCUUUGUAAAAGUCUGUACAAGUAAAUAAAGGGACAAAAGCCAAAUUUGCAAUCUUUUAUCAUUUAGGGUCAUGUUGCACAUGUGGCUGGCCCAUUGGUGGUUGGUGUAAAACUUUAUGCAUAUGCAGAUAAGGUUUCCCAGGGGUGCUCUAAUUAUUGUACACUCAUAAUAACAACAAAAAGCAAGUCAGACUAUUUUGUUUCCAGUUUUUUAACAUAUAGAUUUCACAGUUGAGUUUCCUUUUUGCUGAUUUUCUUUUAAAGAGCAGUCUGCAAUGGAAAGCAGAAACGUGCAACAAAGAUGAGAGGGGCAGAAGUGCUUAAGUGAAUAAAAAUGGGAGGGAUUGAUGAAGUUGCAAAAUUUGAGGGAGUGACAGAAAAAGAAAGAGGGAGGGAAAAGAGAAGAACAGAAAGACAAG